AUGGAUGAAAAGGAUUUCGUGGCACCAAAAAGUCAUUUGCAUGAUGUCUAUAUCACUUCAACACCAAUGAAAGAGUGGCAUAACAUAGAUUCUUAUGUCUGCAAGUUACUGGAGAAUAAUCCAGGGUUAUCAGAAUCUGACUGUUUCGCAGUUUGUUGUCGGAGCUUGCGUUCGUUAACUCAGGAUUCGGAUUUGCCAAACAGUGUCUCUAAAUACGCCUCCACGUUACUUUCAAAAUGGAAGGGACCCGAAAAACAACACUGGCUUGAGCUCGCAAAAAAAGCCAUUCAGCGUAAACGUGACGAUGAGAAGAUUUCAUCUAACAACGCUGAAAUUCAACAGAAAAAAAUUAUCCAACAUCAACGAACCACGGUUUCUGCUAUUAACUUAGUCACCGAAGAAAUCGAUGAACUAGCACCACGAAGGAGAGCCUUUGAAUGGGAUGGCACUCAGGAAAAUAAGAAGAUUUGUUACACUGAAUUCUCAAGUCCAGGUUCAUCAGAUUUAGAGGAUGUAGAAAGCACACCAUGUCCGACAACUCGUUCAGUCACACGUACUUUAAUGGUGACGCCUAAUAAGCCCAUUAUUACGAAAGCAACAUAUGAUGAAUAUUCUGCACAUAUAAUUUGUGCUUUUAAUACAACGAUACAUCUUGUCAAGAAAACAAUUGGAGAACAAGACUAUGAAAAAGUUAAAACUACACUUCAAAUGGGGAACAAAUUGGUCAUGAAAGAUUCAAUAGUAAUAGUAGAAAAGCUCAAAAAAAUAUUUCAAUCAGAAUAUUCUGAAGUCGAAUCGAAAAUAAUUUCAGAGACAAAGAUUGACGAUAAUCAAACAACGGACGAGGAUAGGUUUAUAUUCUUCAUACGAUAUGCAUUACUAGACUUUGUCUCAAAGUUUAAGUUUUUGAUGCCAAAAGUCAUGGACCGCGACAUGCUUGAACGAUCUUACAUCAUUGAGGUCCUGUCACCAAUUCUCCUCGCAUAUCGCAAAGCGUUUCCUGAUAUAAAGUAUAUGUGGGUAGAGAAGGAUGUGAGAUCAAUCAAAGAAGCAAACGUUAUGUUUAUGGGUAAUAUUGGAGAACGAAAGACAGAUUUACUCAUUCUCAGGUUAUCUGACGCAAGAGAACUUUUGAAUGUUGAAGUUUCUGGACCUCCGUAUAGAUCCACAAAAAAGCAUACUAAUACUGUUGGUGACAUAAAAAAACUAUUAGUGAUGGCUGUCUGCAGUCUAUGUCGACUCCUUGGCAACAACCUUGAUUGCAACAUUGAGGAUGCUAAAAAUGUUAAAACCUAUAGCAUUCAGGUUAUAGGAGACCGACUUACAUUGUUUGCUGUUUCUCUAGCAAACAAAAGAAAGUAUUUGGCUGUUGAAUUGGCCUCUUGUAUAAUUCCAUUUUCGUUUGAUGCCAUCACAUGCUAUAUGAAGAUUUUUAAUUUUUUUACAGUUAUUCGAAAUGAAUUUGUGGAACAAGAAAUAUUACAAAGGAAAAUUCGUUCCUUUAUUCCAACCGACAAUUGUUCUGAAAAUUUAAGAGAGUGGUUACAUCUACCGGAUGAUGACAUUUCACUUGUGACAGAAGAAGAUAUGGACGAAAUCUUUCUGUGA